AGUGCCCGCUUAUGGCUGCGAAUUGUAAUUCAAUCAAGCUGUGAGUUUUUUUUUUUUAAGUUCGCCGCGCACAAGAACAAAAAACAAAAAAUGGACCUUUCUUGAAUAAGUAUACAACAAAAACAGACGGAACCAUCCAGCCAGCCAAAUGUCAAAACCUCCCCUGCACCGUGACCGUCCAUGGCGCCCUCCUUCCUCGGACCUCCUCUCCGCCACCCGCUUCCACGCGCUCGCAUUUCCCAUGCAUCACCAUCCGCGCUUCGCCUCAGACACCACCGUCUCGCCCCCCUCCCCAUCGCCGCGACGCACCACGCGCGAAAGAAGCUACCAAUUGCUCCCCGGCCGGACGUACGAACAAUGGCGCCGAGCAAGCUCCGCAAGGCGCUGGGAGCGGUCAAGGACAAGACCAGCAUCGGUCUGGCCAAGGUGGGCGGCGGCAGCGGUUUCGCGUCGCCGGAGCUCGAAGUGGCCAUCGUCAAGGCCACCAAGCACGAUGAGAACUUCCCCGCCGACGAGCGCCACAUCCGCGAGAUCGUCUCGCUCACGCGCGACUCCCGCGGGUCCGCCGGCGCCUGCGUGGCCGCGCUGUCGCGCCGUCUCGGGCGCACCAGGAGCUGGGACGUGGCGCUCAAGACGCUGGUGAUCGUGCACCGCCUCCUCGCCGAAGGCGAUCCGGUGUUCGAGCAGGAGCUGUUCUACGCCACGCGGCGGGGCACGCGCAUGCUCAACAUGUCCGACUUCUGCGGCCGCGCUAGCGACGACGACGCGUGGGACUACUCCGCGUUCGUCCGCACCUACGCCGCUUACCUCGACGACCGCCUCGAGCACCGGAUUCAGGCCAGGCAGGGCGGCCCCAACCGCUGCAAGCUGCUCCGCGACGAGCUCUACAUGUCCCCCGGAGACCGCUUCAGCCGCGAGGGUGUUGACGGGAGUAAACGGGAGGACGGGAGUAAACGGGAGGAUGCGCCGGCGGACGCCGACGCAGCCAAGGCGGUGGCGAUCGUGCCGAGGGAGACGCCGACGAGCGAGAUGUCGCUGGAGCAGCUCCUCGCCAAGGUCCAACAACUGCAGCAUCUCCUCGACCGAUUCAUCGCCUGCCGACCCGUAGGCGCGGCGAAGACGAACCGGGUGGUGACGGUGUCUCUGUACCCGAUGGUGAAGGAGAGCGUUCAACUGUACUGCGAGCUCACGGAGGUCAUGGCCGCGCUCAUGGAGCGGUUCCCGGACAUGGAGAGCGCGGACUGCGAGCGCGUGACCGGAGUCUUCUGCGGCCUCGCCAAGCAGAUCGAGGAUCUCGACUCUUUCUACUCGUGGUGCAAGGACGCCUACGUCUGCCGCCAGUCCGACGUGCCGGAGGUGGAGGUCAUCACGCAGGAGAGGCUAGAGCUCAUGGACGAGUUCAUCUGCGACAGGCGCGGCACCGAGUAUGUGCAGAGGCUGCCGCCGCCGUCGCCGGAGCCGUCCAGCCCGGAGCCAGAGGUCGAGGAGUACGACAUGAGCGCCACCAGGGCCCUUCCGGCGCCCGCGGAGCCGCCGGCUGCCGUGGAGCAGGAGCAGGAUGCCAGCGAGACGGCGCAUGCUGAGCCGGAGGCUCCGCUGAUCACAACCGACGUGGUCGACGAGGAGGCGGACUUCUUGAACUUGAAGGCGGACGCCAUGUCCGGGGAAGAGCACGGGCAACAGCUGGCGCUGGCCCUAUUCGAUGGCAACCCGGCCGGAUCGGCGCCGACAUGCGACGUGUUCGACCCCUCAUCGGCCGACUGGGAGACGGCGUUGGUCGAGUCGGCGAGCGCGCUCGCGCACCAGCGCGCGAUGCUAGGGGGCGGGCUCGACAUGAUGGCCCUCGACGGCAUGUACAACCACGCAGCGGCGGCGAACGCGCAGGUGUUCUCCGGCAGCGCGAGCAGCGUGGCCUUGCGGCCGCCCGGAGCGCCCAUGCUGGCACUGCCUGCGCCGCCGGGGAUGUGCAGCGCCGCGCCGGGUGCGGACCCCUUCGCGGCGUCGACGGUGGUGCCGCCGCCGACGUACGUGCAGAUGUCCGACAUGCAGACGAAGCAGCAGCUUCUGACGGAGGAGCAGAUGGUGUGGCAACAAUAUGGCAAGAAUGGCAUGCAAGGGCAGAGACCGCAGCAGUUGAUGCCUCCUGGCGUUUACCAUCGUGCUUCUUAGAUUUCAUGAAAUGUCGUUCAAUUUAUUUAUUUUCAUUAUUGGCGAUGAAUUGGAGAUCAGGUAGUCUAAUGUACAGUGAGUUCUAAAUGAAAACAAAUGUAAAGGUUGCAGUAAACAGCGCGUGUUUGACCUCUCUUAUCUGACCAAAAGUUUACGAAGGCACAAUAUUUUUCACUCUAGCCUACUGGUAGAAAGCAUUGGCAAAGCUUGGACAGUCAUUAUAUCAAAAAGAGGUUUCUUAACAGCUAAAAUCACAUAUGAACAUACAAUACAAUUCUUCAAACAGUUCAGUUCAGUUAUAUAUGACUCAUAUAUCUGCUAAUCUCCCAUGGCAAUAAGCCAAAACCUGACGAAACAGCUGAGAUCAAGUCAGGCACACAAGCUCAUCGAACAAAUCCACAAGCACAUCACUGAAAGUAGUCUAACCUGUCCUGUGAAUUAAGAAUGUGUGGUGUUGAUCUGUUUAUGUGAUACGAACGUCUUGAAGGAAUAGAUGUAAUGGAGUAAUGAUAUUACUAGAAGGAUCAGAGAGACUUACAUGACGCCUUUCUCCACAUACUCACUCCGUCCGGAAUUACUUGGGAAUGACCAUUAUAUACUCUAAUGUUUUAGCAGAAGGAUCCAUUUUUGACACAAGUAUCUCCGUACGAAUGGAGUACUUGAGACCUAAACUAAUUUAUCUCACUCUCACAUAGAGUUUAGAGAUCAAACAUUCAUGAACCCUCGUAAAGCAAACCCAACAUUAUGAAUUAUUCUAAAUGUUCUUAGAUAGGAAGACCGCUAAAAUCAAGUCACAGAAUUAGUGGUUCUGCGAUAAAUCAAAAUUUCCAAUAGAAUGGUCAAUUCAAGGAGGGCGGCGGGUAAAACAUAUCCAUUGGUAAAGAGAAGGAAAUAACACGCACGAACAGUACAAAUCCACAUAGGAAAUAAAUUAUCAGUUCAAAUCCAAAUCGGGAGAAAGAAUCCAUGGGGAUACGAGCAAACGCGGUCUCUCACAUGGGCUGAGGAGGGCCUCUUUGCCAGUUUCUGAUAGGAAGUGUUUAAAAUUUCUUCGUCCAUUUCAUAUGCCACUGUAGGGGCAAUGGAAAAAGCAUAUAUCACCAAGCACCUUUAAGACAUCACGCCCAAGAACAAAAAAAGGCAUAUAUAUCGAAAAAAAAGGAAGAAACAUUGCGUCGACAAGAACAUAAACACGGUAUUGGGCACGAUUACAAUAAUAAUAAUAAUGACGAUGGUUCAAAUACAGUAAAUUGGCAGAAAAUAGAUAGAAGAUGCGACUUAAGCUACUAAGUUGUCAUUAGGUUUAUGGACAACUCGGCAUCUAACAUGGCAGUUAUUACAGAAAGAACUACGGUGGACUGCAGCAUC